ACGAAACAUCAAAAUGAUAGAAACAUCAUGAAUGUUGAUAAUUUCGGUUCAAAACAAAGUUUAAAAAAUAAAUAUAUUAUUAGUAACGUAAAUUAGAUUUCCAGAUGAAAAUUUAACGUUAUUCUGAAAUGUAUAACUGUGAUUUAUUAUCAAAUUAUAUGAUUUUAAACUCGGUGUAUAAUACAUUCAACCAAUAGAUCGAUUCGUAAUUUCCCAAAUUAAUCAUCUGUUGAAUCAGGAAGUUUUUUAAAAGGUUGCAUUUUGUAAAUCAUCUAUGGGAGUACAGAGCUGAUUUAAACAUUAGGUUAUCUCAAUGAAGUGGUUAAUAUGAUGAAUCAAGAACCAAUGAGAAAAAGAAGAUUUAUUCUCCGUGCUGAUUGUUUUGGGAAGAAAAUUGGUAAUGAUUUUCAUACAAAUUCAUCUAGACCAAGUCCUAUUGAAACUGAAGUUCAGUUGCCAACAGGUUGUAUAUUACAAGAAAUUAGAAAUGAUAUUGCAAUUAAAAAUAAAUCAGCUUUGUGUUUAAGAUCUCUAGAUCAUGAUAGUGUAUAUUUAGUGUGUUGUGGAUCUGAAAUUGAAGAAUUAACUCCCUUUGAAGCAGAUCUAUUAUUAUCAAUAAUACCAUUUAGAGAAAGAUUGAAAGUUUUUGCUGAUAAUUCUACUUUAGAACAAGCUGCAUUAAUAACAGAAGGAAGUAAAGUUGAUGUAUAUUUAAAUGAUAAUCUGGAAUCAGUAGAAGGUAUUGUUUGCUAUUGUGGUCCAGUUCCAGAAUUAGGAAAAGGAAUAAUGUUUGGAGUUGAAUUAUUGAAGCAUCCAGAGCUGGGAGUAUGUGAUGGAAGUAUUAAGGGACAGCGCUAUUUUCAGUGUAGUGGUAACAGUGGUGUUUUUGUAGCUAUCAAUAGGCUACGACUCCAUCUUUGUGGUUACAAGCAUACAUCUAGCAGUAAACUAAUUGAUCAUCUUGAUUCUAGAUUAAGUUCGCCUAAUUCGGGAGCUUCGGGAACCGCUUCAAAACCUCAACCCAUCCCUCUCGAGGCUGUCUGUUCCGCGGGGACGCCGCCUCCGCCUCUGAAGUUCGGAGACAGGGUGGUCUGGAUAAGCGACACGGGACCCGAGUACGGAGAGGUCAGAUGGUUGGGUAAAUUGCCGGACGUGGGUUCCGACUGGAUGGUGGGAGUUGAAUUUGAUAAUCCGGUAGGUACGGGAACUGGAAAGUACAAUGAUUAUCAGCUAUUUGAAGCCAAGUUGAAUCAUGCGUCUUUGGUACCUAUAAUUGGACUGAUGAAAGCCGAUGACUUUUUAGGAGAUAAGUUACAAGAAACAUCUGGCACACCGCCCAGGCCGAGGAGAAAGAAAAAAAUUUCUGAAUCUCAAGCAAAUGAACGUGUAGAGAAAUAUGGAUUAGGUGAGGAAAAUAGUUUGCCGGUCAUUUCAAAAUGCGGCUCAUGUUUAUCGGCGGGAAGUCCCGGAGCAGUGAGGAAAGGACUGUCGGUGCCAAAUGACAUUUCGGAGAUAAGUCAUCUCAUUUCAUAUGACUCUCUGUUACCAUCAACCCCACCUUCGUCGGAAUCGUUGCCUAACUAUUCAAAUAUACUUCUAAACGAAAACAAUAUAUCCAAUUCUACUCCAUCAGUUAAUCCAUUGUAUGAAAUGUUAAGUGAAAAGAGUAAAUCUACACCCAAGAUUGGAAUAACUAGAGUGGAUGAUACAAAUAGCUGUUCGAACAUAAUCAAUGCUUCUCAUCAAGUGAAAAAAGGUAUUAAGUCGUCUAACGAAACCAAUUCUGGAAAGUUGGAAUAUUCGUCCGAUUUAGAAGUGGGGUCAGUAGUAGAAGUUGCCAUUAAUGGUGUUCCUUGUUAUGGAGUUAUUAAAUGGAUAGGAAGAAUUGGAGAAGGGCAGAAUAAUAAUAAAUUAGUUGCUGGUAUAGAAAUGGAAGAGGAAAGUUCCUGCUGUACGGAUGGAACAUUUGGUGGAAAAAGGUAUUUUACCUGCCCUCCACGAAAGGCCUUUUUCGUUCAUCUAAACCAGUGUCGAAAAGAUGGCCGCUUUCUUGAUACAGAAAGACGUAAAAGUGCUGUUUUUGGAAGUAUAGAUUGCCCUUCAGUAAGUGGUGAUGUUCCGCCACUUUGUAAUCCUGAUGAUUUAAAGCAAUUAUAUGGUAAAAGUAAAGGCAUCCAGGGGCAUCAUAAUUCCUGUUACUUAGAUGCAACAUUAUUUGCAAUGUUUUCUUGUACUAGUGUGUUCGAUUCGUUAUUGCAUAGACCCCGAAACAAAGAUGAUAUUGUCGAGUACGACGAAGUCCAAUGUGUCUUGAAAGAAGAAAUCGUUAACCCUUUAAGAGCAAACUUUUAUGUGCGUGCAGAUAGAGUAAUGAAGUUAAGGAAGUUACUAGAUAAAUUGAGCUCUGUAAGUGGUUUGACAACUGAAGAAAAGGAUCCUGAAGAAUUUCUUAAUUCACUCCUAAACCAGAUUCUUAAGGCUGAUCCAUUCUUAAAAUUAAGUUCAGGUCAAGAGUCUUAUUUCUAUCAACUUUUUGUAGAAAAAGAUGAUAAAUUAUUGUUGCCAACUGUUCAGCAUCUAUUUGACCAAUCUUUUCUUGCUUCAGAUAUUAAACUACAAGAAGUACCACCUUGCCUUCUCAUACAAAUGCCGAGGUUUGGAAAACAGUUUAAAAUGUAUCCUAGGAUAAUUCCAAGCCUUUAUUUAGAUAUUACGGACGUUUUAGAAGAUUCUCCUAGACAAUGUACGGUGUGCGGACAAGUUGCAGAAUGCGAAUGUAAAGAAUGUUUUGGUCAUUUUGGCGACGGGCUAGAUACGAUUGCAUUCUGUCAAAAGUGCAUGGACAAAAGCCACAGUCAUAAAAAGCGUUUGAGGCAUAAAAGUACUAAAUUGAAAAUCCCGCCAGAAUUCAAAAUGUUGAAAGAUCACAUGCCCGUUCCGAGAGUGUACAUGGAGUUAUUUGCUGUAGUGUGUAUAGAAACAAGUCAUUAUGUUUGUUUUGUUAAAUGUGGCAGUGGACCGGAUGCUCCCUGGUGCUUUUUUGAUAGUAUGGCCGACAGGAAAGGCGAACAGAACGGUUAUAAUAUCCCAGAAGUCAUCCCAUUCCCAGAUCUACAGUGGUGGCUCUCGGAAGAGGGAAUGAAUUUUCUUUUAUUGACAAAAGAUGAUAAGGUGCUCCCAGAAAUAGCUAGGCGUCUAUUGUGUGACGCUUACAUGUGCAUGUAUCAAAGCCCCGAUAUAAUGAUGUAUCGAUAACUCCAACCGACUAUUGUUCAGGAAAAAAGUAAAGAUAUGUCGUCCAGUUUAUUGGCAAACUCAACGGCAGGCAUCCCGGUUACCGGUGACAGCUCAGUUCGAGACGUCCAAAUCACGUGUGAUAAUUUAGAUGGGAACAUUCCCAUAUCAUCAUGUUUGUUUUCAAUGGUACAAUUUAUUUAAAUAAUUUUUUACUAUGUGAUUUAUUGCAUUGAUUCACUUUCCAUAACAUGAGCUUCUGUAGUCACCAUCCGCUUUAAAAUUUGAAAAAAUAGCAAAUGUUUGACUCUGAUUUGCAGAAAUGCUACUUAAUCUUAAAAGAAAAAAAAUCAAAUAGCAAAAUAUUUGGUUUGCACUCUAUUUAUUACAAUAAAGUAAACACUCAAGUACAUAGAAUUAAAUAGAAGUUUAGCUGAAAAAACACUGUAGUUUCAUAUUAUGUAUAUGAUUGGUUACAAAUAUUAUACAUAUAUAUUAUAUAUAUA